GCAUCAAACACCACUAUGAAGCACAGGAAAUUAGCAUUUGAUACAACAUACAACUUUAAAUAUGGGGAUUCUGAGCCAGCUAUCAAUCAUUCACCUCCUCUGGGCUGCUAUGGUCUUUUGUCAAUAUGAAGACUAUGAUUUUGAGAAUGAAUAUGAUGAGGAGCCAGAUCAUCAACAUCCACAUUAUAUUAAUCCAAAUACACAAGCUGAAGUUCCUCGCUUUCCUUUUCCAGUUGAGUGCGCCAGAGAAUGCUUUUGUCCACCAGCUUUUCCGUUAUCAAUGUACUGUGAUCAUCGUAAACUUAAGACAAUACCAAAUAUCCCUAGUCACGUCCAACAACUUUAUCUGCAAAACGAUGAUAUUGAAGCUGUACCUGCAGGACCAUUCACUAAUGCUACCUUCUUAAGAGAAAUUAACCUCAGCCACAACAAAAUUAAAUUUCAUAUGAUUGACCAUGGUGUUUUUGCCAAACUUUCAAACUUACUGCAACUCCAUUUACAACAUAAUGAAUUAGAAGAAUUUCCAUUCCCACUCCCCAGCUCUCUAGAGAGACUCCUCCUUGGUUUCAAUAAGAUUUCUCGGUUAUCUGGAAAUGCAUUGGAAGGAUUACCUAAUAUAACCAUGCUUGACCUUUGCAGUAACUUUCUUGAUGACUCAGUACUCAAAGGAAAACCCUUUUCAAACAUGAAAAAUUUAAUGCAGCUCAACUUAUGCAACAACAAAUUACAGACUAUGCCUCCUGAUCUACCAUCGUCACUUAUGUAUCUCUCUCUUGAAAAUAACUCAAUUUCUUAUAUUCCAGAAAACUAUUUCAACAGACUUCCAAAAAUCAUUGCUCUAAGAAUGUCCCACAAUAACCUGCAGAACAUUGCACGCAACACCUUUAAUCUACCCAAUCUUCUAGAACUUAAUCUUGGACAUAACAAAUUGAAACAAGUAUUCUAUAUUCCAAGAAGUUUGCAGCAUUUGUAUAUUGAAGGCAAUGACAUCGAAAUCAUAAAUGUUACUUUGAUGUGUCCAUCUAUUGAUCCAAUGAACACCAACCAAUUAACCUAUAUACGGGUGGACCAAAAUAAGCUUACAAUUCCAAUAAGCACAUAUGCAUUCUUUUGCUUCCCUCACAUUCGAACCAUUUAUUAUGGUGAACAAAAUGUUAAUGUCAACAAGUCAACUCAGCUAAGAACACCAGUGUUUCGACGAUUUUUAACACCAGAAGAAUACCAUGAAGCAGAAGACGAUCACGAAACACAUGAUCAUGAAACCGAAGAAGAACAUGAAGCAGAAGACAACUACUUUCAUCCUUACUUUCAGUGAAGUAAUCAUUGGUAAUGAGUAUAUACAGAAACUUUUUCUUAGUUGUGGGGUAUUCAUAUCCAUUUUAGAACAGCUGGAUAGUUUGGGAUAUUUAAGAUACAUCUGUAAAGUGGAGAUAGGAUUUUAGUGUAGGUAAAUGUCCUAUUAUUGACGUAGUAAAAAACAUAACACUGGGAGCAAAGAGCACUCACCUCAGCAGUAGACAGCAGUCUGAUAUAUAACCUGGGUUGAUGAUGGACUUAUCCUUGGGUGAGCAGCCUAAGUUGAAGAAAAUUGACCUGAAAAAGCUUCUAUGUUCUAAAGUGAUCCAACUUGCAAAAUGACUAAAAUACAAAUCAAUGUCAUGCUCAAUAGGAACAUGUGGAUAAGGCCAAAAAUCCGUCCAGCUAUACAUCCUACUGCUGACCACAGAAGAAAAUAGACACACUAAAGAAUAAGAGAGUAAGAUCACAAAAAUACUUCCACAAGGUUCCUCCACAUCUUCCAGAAAUACAGAUGUUCUUCCAAUUUCUAACUGGACAGGACAAUCACAAACUUUGAGUUUCAAAUCUUCCUCAUGUUAUGUUUGCAGUGUCCUGACAAGGUGUAUUAUAAUAUUUACUUCUCAGCUUGUACCUCAACUAUCACAACUCUUUCAAAGGAGAUUUUAGCUUAUUAGUAAUAUAGGCAAUAACCGACCUUUCAUCAAAGGUCUUAGGAUCUAGGGAAGAAGAUGUGCAUUAAUACAACUGAUGCAUUAGUAUUUACAUUUUACCUAUGCUUUAGCCCAUAUUAUU